CCUCGAGGCGUAAUUCGCAGGAUCCUCUUGAACACGCCCCGUAAGUACGUAGUUUCUGAGGACGUAGUCCCUCCACGUCUCACUGGCCCUGCCACAGCCGGUAACGAAAUAGGAAGAUGGCUGCGGUGGAGCGUCCGCCAGUGAAAGAGGGAGUACGGAUUGGGCUUCUGUGUGUUUGCUGGUAUACAGUCAGUUCGGGGGGCAACGUCGUCAACAAAAUCAUUUUAAAUGGAUUUCCUUAUCCCGUCACCGUCUCUCUCUUCCACAUUUUCUCCAUUGUCAUCUUCUUGCCCCCGCUGUUGCGUGCUUGGGGUGUCCCGAAAACAGAACUACCAGCCAGAUACUAUCGGUGGUAUAUCAUACCACUGGCCUUUGGGAAAUACUUCGCUUCUGUCUCUGCCCAUUUCAGCAUAUGGAAAGUGCCUGUGUCCUAUGCGCAUACUGUCAAGGCAACCAUGCCAAUCUGGGUUGUCCUGUUAUCAAGAAUCAUCAUGAAGGAGAAGCAGAGCACCAAGGUGUAUGUGUCGCUUGUCCCGAUCAUCGGGGGUGUGCUGCUGGCCACGGUCACUGAGCUCUCCUUUGAUCUGUCAGGACUCCUCAGCGCUCUGGCUGCCACAAUCUGCUUCUCCCUGCAAAAUAUCUUCUCCAAGAAGGUGUUGCGGGACACCAGAAUCCACCACCUGCGGCUGCUCAACACGCUCGGCUUCAACGCGGUCAUGUUCAUGCUGCCCACCUGGAUCCUGGUGGAUCUCUCCUCCUUCUUGGUUGAUAAUGAUGUGGCCGAGAUGAGCAGCUGGACGGGGACACUGAUGCUGCUGGUGAUCAGCGGCUUCUGUAACUUCGCUCAGAACGUCAUCGCCUUCAGCGUCCUGAACCUCGUCAGCCCGCUCAGCUACGCCGUGGCCAACGCCACCAAGAGGAUCAUGGUCAUCACCAUCUCUCUGCUCAUGCUCAGAAACCCUGUCAACUCCACCAACGUCAUGGGCAUGUUGACCGCCAUCCUGGGGGUCUUCCUGUACAAUAAGGCGAAGUAUGACGCCAACAAGGAAGCCAAGAAGUUGCUGCCGGUGUCCAAACAGGAUAUGGGAGGGUUUGACCAUAUAGGGGGGGACAAGCCUCAGUCCAACGGUUCAGUGCCUUUCACACAAGGUUCAGACUCGCUGUACGGACGCAGCAACGUACUAACCGACCACUUUCAGUACAGCCGGCAGGCCUACACGACGAACUACGGAGCCAACCAGUACGUUGUGUGAUGUCUGAUGGACGUCCAUUUCAGCACAAGCUACUGACGAGCUGCCUUGAGGGGGCAGCGCUCUUCAACAUCCUGCUUUGUAGAAAGACGGGUGGCACUGGGGGAAAGGCGUUGUCCUUACAGCAUGGGGGUACUUAGACUUCAUUAGUCUGCAAACUGUAACAUUUCCUAAGGUUUAUUAUUUAUUUAUUGUACAAUGGACAUUGGGUUUACUUUUAUCUUAAAUCUAUGUGCAACAUAAUUGUUACAAUGGGUAAAGGUCUGUAAGUGGGAGAGACUUAUUUUAACGUCAAUAGAAUGUAAUUAAUCAAGGAUUUUUUUGCACCUCUGCGUUUCUAAAGGCGAAGCCAUGCUGAAAAUGACUGACCAUUAUUUCUAAGCGCUGCCCUGUAGCAGGAGCAGGAAUGUUGUCUGUCGACCGGUUCUGUUGCUAACACGAAGGUCUGGAUUUGGGCACAGCGCUGGGAGGCUCAAACUCCAAUAUAAUGUUUCUGAUCUCAACUGCUUGUUAAAAUAUGCUUGUUAAUGUUUUUUGUUUUGUUUGUUUAGUUGGUUGGUUUUGUUCAUUUUGAAAAUUGUAAGCGGUACAGAGGGUAUGUAAUUAAAUCAUCUUGGGUGGGUUUUUAUAGAUCUGCUUAUCUGCAAAUCAGAACACUGACUGUAGAUUUACUGUCGCGGUUGGCUAAUGCAGCUUUAAUAUUACCUUGUGACCUGCUCCACCCGAGUGAGUCAAGGGGGGGUAUUCCAAGUACGUGGUACGUGGUAGGAGGUUUACCAAGUUGGUAAACCUCCUAAUAGAAGAGCUGUAUGGCUUCAUUCUCAUAACAAAACAAUGCCACAGGGCUUUUUAGAGUUUACUUACCUAGGUUUGCCACUAAACCACGUACUUGGAAUACCUCCCUGGAUAUGUUGACGUGGAUAAGCUCAGUGAGUUCCCUUAGACUCACUUUUUAAUUUGUGCCAAGAGUAUUUCUUAAAAAGACUAUUGAAAUCACAAUAAGUGGUAGAACUUGAUAUGAUAAAGAUGGAACUAGGUCAUCCUGCGUCAUAGCCAUAUCAAAUCAAAAGUCCAAAGUGAAAUAUCACCCAUUCAAAUUUAUACACAAAAAUCAGUCUCUUAAGACAGGUGGCUACAUUCCGCCUUUGAAGCAUUUAUAUGAGGGAAGAUCCAAUCAGAUCUGAGAAAGCUCUCUGCAUUAUUUUUAAACAGUUGUGACAUCCCACAGUUUGUGCUGACCUCAGCUGAAUCCGUCACGUUUGGCCUGUGAAGUCUCUGUGUUGGUCAGCAAACAUGGUGGAGUUGUGGUUGGGGUCAUCACUGCCUCUCUGACUGUAAUAUGGGACUUUUACAUCCCUGGACACCUCUGAGCCUUCUGCUGAAUUUGUCGUCGAAAUAAAGAGGCGAGACGUCCUUCCGGAAGCUGCACAGCAGACCAGGUCAGCAGGGCUCGGACUGACUGGCAUGAUUAGAAAUCUUGCUAACCCCGCAUCUUCAUCAUUUUCAUCAUUAUCAUCAUCAUCUUCAUGGAGAGUCAUUCACAAGCAUUUAUUCCUUCUCCAUGCAGGGCAGAUUGAAGUCUUAUUUCAACACCAGCAUGGAUGCAGACGAGAAGGGGUUUUAGCAUUUUAGCUGAAAGGCUGUGGAGAGAUGCCGUCUCGGAGUGUUAAGAAAGUAUACUUCCCCAUAGAUUGCAGUUAUCUCUCUCUUUCACUCUUUGUUUCACACACACGCACACAAAUGUAAUCUGUCCUCUAAAAAUGAGAUCUUUUUUGAGUGUUUGCACCAAUUACCUGUGCAUGGACCAUUUCCAGUCUGUGCUGACUUUUGCACCCAUCUCUGUCCAACUAAAGGGAUACUGUAUCAA